GGACCCCCACCCUCCUGCCCCGCCCCUGGCCUCAGUCCAGCCUUGCCCCCUCUUGCCGGCACCCGACCGAGCUGGAUGUGGGGCCCGUCGUUUCCCGGCUCAUCGCCCCUCGUGAAGACCCCCGGGGUCGCUUGGGCCCCAUGAGCGGUGCCUCUCCUUCUCCUGGGAGGGGGCUGGAGGCUGGGGCUGAUCGCCGAGGGUGAAUGUUGGUUCGGAACCCUCCUGCUGUUGGUUCAGAUCCCUCCUGGUAGUUUUCCAGAUGUGAGUUGUUGAAACCGUCAGCCUAUUUCUGCACAUUUGCAAGAAAAUUAAAUGCAAAAUGAAACGAAGUAUGGAUCUCCCUCUCAGCCAAGACCGAGGAUCGGCGUGGCCAUUGGGGACCAGAUCCUGGACCUCAGUGUCAUCAAGCACCUCUUCACUGGCCCGAUCCUCUCCAGCCACCAGGAUGUCUUCAAUAAGCCAACUCUCAACAGCUUCAUGGGCCUGGGUCAGGCUGCCUGGAAGGAGGCUAGAGCAUUCUUGCAGAACCUGCUGUCUGCCAGCCAAGCCAGGCUCAGAGAUGAUGUGGAGCUUCGGCAGCGUGCCUUCACAUCCCAGGCUUCCGCUACGAUGUAUCUUCCGGCUGCCAUAGGCGACUACACGGACUUCUAUUCCUCUCGGUAUCACGCCACCAAUGUCGGGGUCAUGUUCAGGGGCAAGGAGAAUGCACUGAUGCCAAACUGGCUGCACCUGCCAGUGGGCUACCACGGGCGCGCUUCCUCCGUGGUGGUGUCUGGCACCCCGAUCCGCAGGCCCCUGGGGCAGAUGCGGCCUGAUGACUCUAAGCCUCCCGUUUAUGGUGCCUGCAAACUCCUGGACUUCGAGUUGGAGAUGGCUUUCUUUGUAGGCCCUGGGAACAAACUCGGAGAGCCAAUCCCCAUUUCCAAGGCCCACGAGCACAUUUUUGGAAUGGUCCUUAUGAACGACUGGAGUGCUCGAGACAUCCAGAAAUGGGAGUACGUCCCCCUUGGGCCGUUCCUUGGGAAGAGUUUUGGAACCACCAUCUCUCCAUGGGUGGUGCCCAUGGAUGCCCUCAUGCCCUUUGCUGUGCCCAACCCGGAGCAGGACCCCAAGCCCCUGCCGUAUCUCUGCCAUGACCAGCCCUACACAUUCGACAUCAACCUCUCUGUUGCCCUGAAAGGAGAAGGAAUGAGCCAGGCAGCUACCAUAUGCAGGUCUAAUUUUAAGUACAUGUACUGGACAAUGCUGCAGCAGCUCACCCACCACUCUGUCAAUGGCUGCAACCUGCAGCCGGGCGACCUCUUGGCUUCUGGAACCAUCAGCGGGCCAGGCACUGCCAGGGGGAUGGGUACCGCAUUGGCUUCGGCCAGUGUGCGGGAAAAGUGCUGCCUGCCCUCUCGCUCGCCUGAGGUCCUCUCUGCUCUCCCAGAAACACCAGACUGGCACGCCGCCCCCUCCACCUCCCUGGGGGGACCAGGGGCCCCCACUGUGGCUGCGGGCCUAGUUCUUCAUUCAAUAAUAAAGCUGCUGUGCUCUGUCUUCAUGCUCUGAGCCUGGCACGGCUGUGCACAAUGGCUA